AUGGUGGCCAGCUUGACGCUACCAGCGCUAAGCAGUGAGGAAACGGAGACUACGAUGCUUGUGGUUUUCGUCAGCCGGGGACACGCCGAAAACACAAAACACGGUCAAGCUUUGGUUUUAUGAAACGGGACGUUUUGGCCUCGAAUAGACGGAGAGAAAAACCGUGAAACCGUGUGAUAUCGGUGUGGGUUUCGGUGUUAGCUUCUUGCCGGGGGCUGCUGUGGCGCUGGGCUCGGACAGGGCGGGGUGAUGUUUAGGUUCCGGUAUAAAGGCAGCCAAAAAAUGGGAACCAGGUGGGACGAGGCGCCGGCUGCCGACGCUGUUUUUCUCUGCCGGAGAAAAUGAAAAGUUCAGCGGCCCGUUGUUUUAGGGCGGUGGUGUAGACCGUCUGGGGAGGCCGUCGGCGGGGGAAGAAGCGUGUCUAUGCGGCGCCCCUCCGCCCCCUGUCCGUCAAUACGAUGAGGACGCUAUUUGCAUUCUGUUGUUUCUUCAUUAUUACCGGCGGAGCGGACCGGGCGACGACGACCAGGAUCCCGUUUACCGACAGCAGCAACAACACCAACCUGACGGCCGACAGCAGCAGAAAGUAUAUCAGAAUCGGGGACGGCUCUUCGCAGGAAUUCGAGUUCCCGGAAAACACCAAAGGCGUGAUUGUAAUCUCCAGCCAGUACCGGAGCGCCGUGACCAGCAGGAAGGGCCGCCAGAGCUGGAAGCAGACGGUGCGGGUCCGCUCCCUGGACCCGGAGGUGCUGUCCAUCCUCAACGUUACCGACAGCGGCCACGCAGGGCCGGUGAAGAGUUACAUUAUUAGCAUCCGCUCUGGUUUACCGGGCCGCGCACAGCUGCAGAUCCAGCUCCUGGACCUGGACCAGGACUCGGUGCCGGUUCUGAUAGAGGAGAGGACAGAUUACUCCAUCAGAGUGGCGCCCGGAAGUGACGACCCGGCCGCCCGGCUCAUCCAGUCGGGCGGCCUGUCCCACUUCUCGGAGAACCCGGUGCUGUUCGGCUUGCUGCCCCUCAUCUUCAUCAACAAGUGUGCCUUCGGGUGUAAGGUGGAGGUGGAGGUGCUGCGGGGACUGCUGAAGAGGCCGCUGCCGCUGCUCCUGGGGGUGCUGGGCCAGUUCCUGGUGAUGCCCCUGUACGCCUACUGCGUGUCACGGCUGGCCUCGCUGCCCAAGCCGCUGUCGCUGGGCCUGGUCAUCACCUGCUCGGCCCCGGGGGGCGGCGGCGGCUACCUCUACAGCCUGCUCCUGGGCGGCGACGUCACCCUGGCCAUCUCCAUGACGCUGGUGUCCACGGUGGUGGCCGCGGCCGCCAUGCCGCUGUCCUCGGCGCUGUACGGCCGCCUGCUGGGCGUCCACGCCGCCCUGCACGUGCCCUUCAUCAAGAUCCUGGGCACUCUCCUGUUCAUCGCCAUCCCCAUCUCCCUGGGCAUGCUGGUCAAGCUGCGCAUGCCCGCCCUCACGCGCGUCCUGCUCGCCCUCAUCCGGCCCUUCAGCUUCGUGCUCAUCGUGGGCGGCAUCUUCAUGGCGUACCAGAUGGGUGCGUCCAUCCUGGCCGACGUCAGGCCGCAGAUCGUGGCGGUCGGGGUGACGGUGCCCGUACUGGGGCUGCUGGUCGGGGCCGGCCUGGCCAAGCUGGCGGGCCUGGCGCUGCCGCAGAGGAAGACGGUCAGCAUCGAGGUGGGCGUCCAGAACAGCCUGCUGGCGCUCGCCGUCAUGCAGCUGUCCUUCCGCCGCGCCGAGGCCGACUUCGCGUCGCAGGCUCCGUUCAUCGUGGCGCUCAGCAGCACGUCGGAGAUGCUGCUCAUCGUGUUGGGACAUUUUGCACACCGGAGGAUGUGCGGGCCCGCCGCCCCCAGGACUGACACCUGAUUGUAUCCGGAGUUUUUGUUUUGAACUGAUCCACAAGAAACUCUCCCAAACCUGUUGGGAUAACAGAUCACACAGCGAGUGAAGAGACUCCCAACAAUCAACAAUCCAGCCACCACUGUUGUUGUUCACAGGACAGUGAAAUGACUUUUUUGGGGUUCUUUUGUUGUUUUUGUUUUAUUUUAUUUUUCACAAAAACCAAAGGCCUUUUACCCCUCUAUAACCCUUUUUGUUUCUUUUACAGUUUGUCCUUUUUCAAAUUAGAUUGUACUGUGAAGUACUCCAUGUAAAUAUGCCUAAAAAGAGAAAUACCUAUAAAUGAAAAAGAUAUUUUUCUACCAGAUUUCUUUUUUGUAAUCAAAUUGAACAAGAUUGAUUUUUAUCAUGUUUACAAGAGGUCAAUGUGUCUUAGGGAGGAUUUUUGGGGUAAACGGGAGUGGUUUCUUGAAUCAAAAAGGAAUAUGAUGAUGUUUUGAAAGUAAUUGCUACUGAUUGUUUUUCCUGGAUCUAAGAAUCCAUGUACUUGAAUAUUCAAGAGGAGAACUGAAAAAAAAAACUAAAAAAAACUAAAAUAAAAAGGCAUCUGCAAAAGCAA